AUGAAGUUGGCCACGCUCGUACCCUUUACCACGCUCGCACUAGGCUUCAGCGCCAAUGUCGUGAUCACCGGUGCUAGUGCCUCUCCCAUGCUCUCCAUGGAUCAGCAAACUUUUUGUGCAUACGAAGACAUCAUCUUGCGAAACGCCGAUGGACGAGCGACCGAAGACGCCUAUGGAGACCCGGAGUACAAGUGGCCAGUUGUUAACGCAUCGCUCGCUCUCGACAGUUUGCCCGAUGCGCGACCGGCCGUCUCGUCUCGGCGCUUCCGUUCGCGUCUGGUGGAAGCAGAGAUCCGACGUAUCACAGCCAAGAUCGCGGAUCCUGCGGUCAAGCGCAUCUUCACCAACGCAUACCCGAACAGCCUCGAUACCACAGUAGCCUGGACCGAUUUGCAGCUCGACAAUCCGGACUCUGCUACGGCUUUCCCAAGAGCGUUCAUCAUCACAGGUGACAUCCUCGCCGCGUGGCUGCGUGAUUCUUGCAACCAAAUCUUCACCUACCUUCCUCUACUCGAGUCACCACCCAACCCGUAUCAGGUCGGAGAUCGAGACUGGUUGAAGCUGUACAGGCUUGCGCUGGGAGUUCUGUACCAGCAGUCGCAGCAAGUGAUCACCUAUCCACUCGCCAACUCGUUCGGUCCACCGAAGAGCGCUACGAUCACCAACAAGAAAAACGCGGCUGUAGGCGAUGGAAUGGAUGCAGACUGGGUUCAGCCCCCCGUACCGCGCACCAAAGCACAUUAUCUACCUCAACCACCGCGCAAUUAUUCCAAAGUCGACGGUACAGACGGUGUCUACCUCUGGGAAACCAAGUGGGAAGUGGAUUCGCUCGCGGCGCAUCUUCGAUUGGCUUCGCUCAUCGCCGAGUAUUCGAAGCGCACCGAUUUCGUGAAAAACAAGCUGUGGCAACGCGGUGUUCGGAUGGCGAUCGACGCUCUGCGUUCGCAACAACGUGGUUCGGACGAGGAACAGAUCGCGUACGCCGCGUCGAACGAUACCACAGUGUUGCCUGCCAACCUCACCACGACGGAUAGCGAGUGGGCGCACAGAUUCGGGACACUCCAGGGUGGCGUGUACAGGUUUCAGCGAAUGGACCGAUCUGCGACAGAGACCAAGGCGGACAAAGGUUGGGGUGAGCGUGCCAAGCGCAAUGGAUUAGUGAAAAGCAGCUUUCGGCCAUCGGAUGAUGCGACCGUGUUUCCGCAUCUGAUUCCUUCGAAUGCGCAGCUUGCUGUAGCGCUGGAGAAGCUGGUGCCUUUAUUGAAGGAUGAGCAAGCGAUGAAGGAUGUUGCCGAGAACGCCGAGCGGUUUGCAUCAGAAAUCCGCUCUGCCAUCACCCAAUACGCGAUCCGCCCGAAUCAUCUUGCUGGCGGUGAGAUGUUGGCGUACGAGAUCGACGGGUAUGGAAGUACGUAUUUCAUGGACGAUGCCAACGUGCCGUCGCUUCUGUCGCUACCGUAUCUGGGCUACCUCGACGCCAGUGAUGUCGUCUAUCAACGUACGCGUGCUUUCGUGCUCUCUGCCUCGACCAACAAAUGGGCCUUCCGCGGCGCCCACUUUAGCGGCAUAGGUGGCGCGCAUGUCGGCACAAACUACGCUUGGCCCAUGUCGCGCUUGAUGCAGAUCCUCACCUCCACCGAUCCGCAGGAACAGCUCGACGCUCUCGCCUCGCUCCGCAAUACAACCGCAGGUACAGCGCUCAUGCAUGAAAGUAUCAAUGUCGACAACUCCACCGACUUCACUAGACCUUGGUUCGGUUGGGCUAACGGCCUGUUUGGUGAAGCUGUUAGGCACAUCGAAAACACCAAUCCGCACAUCCUCGCACAUACGUACUAG